GUGGAGGACAAGCCAAACUCAUUAUCGGUGGACACGGUCGGAUCGGUUCCUGGAAAUGAAGCCACAAAUCCGUGUGUCGAAGGGGACAUAAGUAGUGACGUCACCAUGGAGGCCACACAAGGGGUCUCCUGGGGAGGAGACCUUAACGAGGAGGAGCCCACUUUCAUCCUGACGCUGUUUGAGAUUCCCCACCCCCAGAUCAGAGAGAAUGAGUCUGGGGCAGAACCGCUGGGCCCAGUCAGUGGUCAGGACUUCUCUCCACUGAUGUUUGUGGACCCGCAAUCUCAAUCACAGCCAACUGAGUCAGAACCAGAUCGCUGUGAACUGUCAGCGGAAACCGAAGAAACCAGGCCAGGGUGUGACACGAUGACUCACCUGCUCCUCAGCGAUGCACUGGUGCCGGUCGCUGGGGGCCAGGAAGAGGGCACAGAGCAGGAUGGGUCAGCUCUUCCAAAACUGAGCCCAAGCAGUGACCCCCCAGAAAAUGAAGGGGAAAUAUCCUUCUGUGCUGUUGCUGAGGACGUUGUGCAGGGUCUGGCAGAUUCAAAUGAGGAAGACCAUGGCAGUCAGACUUUGGUACGGGUGGCAGAGUCACAUGACUCACAGAGUCUCAUGGAGGCUCUGAAGGACACGAUGAACGAGAGAGCUGUGCUUUCCGAGGAGGAGAGGAAACAGCCUAUGAGAACCAGGAGAAGCAAGUUGCAGGUGAAGCCCUGCAUCUCAAAGAGGAAACCCAGGCAGUCUCCAAAAGAUGAGCAGGGUACUGUCACAGAGGACCCUGACCAGCCAGGCCCAGCCCAGAUCUCUCCACAAACACCCCAGCAUAAAGCGCCAGACCCUGAUGUCCAGCAGGACUGUGUGGAGACAGAUCGUGUAGCCUCUGACCUUUCAGCUUCAGGGGAGCAGUCAGAGGGAAUUGUGGGCCGUUCAGACCUCCCACAGGAGGAAGGGGGUGUGACAAGUGGAGCAGAGGGAAGAGAGAUGAGCAUUGGAGGGGCAGAGCUUCCCCUUAGCCAUCACAGCACAACAACAAGCUCUGAGCCCCUGUCAGUGGAAACGGAAGAAGCUGGGUCAGGGUGUGACAUGGUCACUCACCUGCUCCUCAGCGAUGCCUUGGUGCCCGUCUCUGAGGGGCAGGAAGAGGACACAGAGCAGGACUGGACUGCCCUCCCAAAACUGAGCCCUCACACUGACCAGGUCUCUCACACUGACCAGAAGGACAAUCUGCGGGAUCUAACAGACACAUUCGGUAAGGAAUCUCAUUGA